GGGCGCGGGCGUCAGAGUUUAUAAAUCCAGCUUUAGCUGGAUUUAUAAAAGAUAAUCAGACGAACUUUUCGUGUUACGUGUAUUAGGUCAUGUUCUCUUUCUUUAAAUUUUAACCGGGAUUUUAUUAUUCAACUAAUGGAGUGGAGUAUUCAAGAUUGUAUACUUUACCUUCAAAUAGUUGCAUUUUUUCGCGAAAAUAAGCAACCAACUUACUACAAAUGCAUUCUUCCGUUGUAGCUAUGUGAAUUGCUGUAUCUGUACGCGCCUUAAACCCAAGCUUGAAACCGCACAUGUCUAGUGCAGCGCAGCUCAGAACGUCAUCUGUCUAGUAUCAUCUGCAAUCUGCAAAAUAAAUAAAGUUGUUGAAAAAAAAAAAAAAAAAAACAAUUUUUGUUCCUAGAAAUGUUACGGAAUGUAGUGUAGAAGGCUUGAAAAUUAAAUUCCACAAUAAAAAAUCCAUUUAUAUGUUUGUUACUUGGUUGUCAAGAAAAUAAAUCCAGAGAUACCUGAAAAACUCUGUCACUGGGUCACAAUCCGUGAUGAAAUUUUUUGGUUCCAUUUUCAUUUAUGAUCUUGAGAUCUUGCAUUCAUCAACAUCACACAAACAUUAACACUAGUGGAUGACCUUAUUUUUAGAGGCAUUCCACAUUCCACCUGCUGUUACCUGAAAGCUUAAAUGCACCGAACCUACAAUGAAAGUUUCAUGACAAAAAUUAUUUAGUUUAUCGCAAGUCGCGACCUAGGUUGAGACAAAUAUUUUUGAAAAUGAGUGACAAGAAUAAAAAAUGGUCAUGUGAAUAUUGCACUUACGAAAACUACCCUUCUGCUAUUAAAUGUACAAUGUGCUGUGGCCUUAGGCCAUUUGAAAAUAUUUACCGCUUAAGUGGUAAGCUUGGUGGGGAUGAACUAGAGAAAAAAACACCAUUUGUAGCUGGAGCUUCAGUAGAGAAAAUUAAAAAAAAUGCAUAUUUGAAAGGACCUCAGUGUGAAAAUACCAGUAACUAUAUGAAUAGUGUGGCUGGCAUAAGAAGUGAGAGCCCACCCACUGCAUUAAGUCUCCAUGAACAUAUUCAGCCUCUCAGAAUAUCAGAAAAUUCUGAUUUGGCCCAAUGUUUAUCGAGAAACAACAGUCCAACAUCAAGUUUAUUCAAUUUGGAAAAUAGAAGAAGAACCUCACAAGCCAAAUGGAUGUGUCACAUAUGCACUUAUGAAAAUUGGCCCAAGUCCAGUAAAUGUGCAAUGUGUGGAACUAUGAAUAAUCAAGCUCCUAAUGCGAUGAUAGAAGAUGAUAUUAAUCAGAUUGAUAUUUCAUCACUAAAUAAUUUGGAAACUGAACGCACGCUAAGACAAAUGAAACGUAAUAAAGAUUCAAAAUGGCUCAAUGCUUGUUUGGGAGUUGUAAAGGGGGAUCCAAAACCUGUCGAAGUUUAUCUGUCCUCUGGAGGAAAUCCUGCUAGAACUUUAACAGCCUCUGAGUGUACCCUACUCAAUAGAAAAUCAGACUUUGAUGUUGGCCACACUUUAGUGCAUCUUGCAAUAAAAUUUGAAAGGGAAGACUUAUUAGCAGUACUUCUCUCGCAAAUUGAAGGAUCUGCAGGAUCAGCAAUUAAAAUGGUACCAAGUUAUGUCGCACCGGAUUUGGCAGCUGAAAUAAGAAGACACUUUGCCAGUUCAAUGAGACAAAGAAAAGGAACAUUUCCUUGCCAUUAUGUCACCGAAUUUCCAACUUUUGUAUUGCCAGCAGAAGUUGACUCGCUUCCUCUUGCCGUCCAAAAACAAUUGAUGGCUGAACUGUUGGAUAAAGACGCUCAAGAAGAAUUGGAAGCUGGUGAUGUAGCUGUGAUAAAUUGGGCACACGGUGCAGGGGUUUGCCGAUUACACGCACUUUGGAACAGAUCUGCAGGAGAUUGUUUAUUAGAUAGUGUUAUGCAAGCCACAUGGGGUGUAUUUGACAGAGAAAAUACUUUAAGAAGAGCUCUAGCCGAAACUUUAGUACAAGCAGGGCAAGCCUUUUAUAUUCGUUGGAAGGAAUAUGAAUCAUCUCAUGCCUCGUUUUUACAAUACUCGCUGGAGGAUGCUCAGUGGCAAGAAGAUUGGAGUAGUUUGGUUACUUCAGCAUCUCGACCAGGAUCCAGUUUGGAACAGUUGCAUAUAUUUGCGCUGGCGCAUGUUUUGAGGCGACCCAUACUAGUCUAUGGAGUGAAAGUCGUUAAAAGCUUCAGAGGAGAAGCAUUAUGUCCAGCAAGGUUCGAAGGUGUUUAUUUGCCUCUACUGUGGGACCACAGCUUUUGCUCACGUUGUCCAAUAGCCUUGGGUUUUACCAGAGGUCACUUUACAGCUUUAGUACCUAUAGAGCCUUCAUUUAAUACACAACCGCGUGCCUCUUUGUUGCCACUAGUAGACAGAGAUAGAAAGCCUCUGCAAAUACAUUUUCUAUUGGAAUCUGAAUUAGGAAGAGAGGAAACUAUACUGAGGCAAUGGAUAGAAGUAUCUGACACUGAGGAGGGCAUCAAGGUAGCUCAACAACCUUUGCACAAAAAGCCAUUGCUUGUGGCACAAAUGUGCGAAGAGUGGUUAAAUCACUACAGAAGAAUUGUCCAAAUGUCUUCAGCCCCAGCAACAGCGCCAAAUUUAAGUCCAGUCCCAUGUCAGGAUUAUUUAAGCGAAGGAGAUACAGAUUGUGAAUAAUGCUUUAGGUACUAAUACAUAAUUUAUUUUGAAAUAGUAUUAGUCGGAGAACGAGCAACGUCUAAGAUGCACCCUCUAUAAGAUCGCGAACAACCACCUAAAAAAAAAUGUUUUCUUAUGUAAAUGGACCUGGCGGAUCCGAUUUUGGAGUUCGCCAGUCAAUCUGGAAUUGCGAAACUGGUCAAAACCGGCAUUUUCCAAAAAAUAUCCAAUUUUUUGGAUUUUUCUAAAUUUUUAUUCAACACGCUGUAUCUCCCUUAGUUUUAGUCCGAUUAAAUUGAAAUUUCUUGGAGAGCCUAUUUAGACCUUUGUUAUUACGACUGACAUAACAGAAAUGCAGGAAAAAAAUUACGAGUCACCAUAAUAUAUUUUUUUUAAGUUAGUGACACAAAAAUUGUUAAAAUUGCAACCAGAAAUACUCGAUCGAGAAAACUUUCUUGUUUUUGAAGAUAGAUGUUUAUAGUAAGCGACAAAGUUGUAGCCAAAGAACCAAAGAAGUUUUUUUAUUCUUGUGAUUUUUUUGAUAACUUACUUAGUUUUCAAGCAAACGGGUCCCCAAUAUACAGUGUGUCCCGCUUAAGGACUGACGACCCUUCUAAAAAUUUUAUUUUUCAACUGAUUCAAUUUUUUUUUUGUCUUAUAGCUACUCGAAUUUGGCACUUAUUAGGCUCAUAAUUUUACUUCUGCGGCUGUACUGGUGAACAGGGUGUCCACAUUUAUAAGGUCAAAUUUCAAUAAGUACUAUUAGGGAUUUUUUUGGAAAAAAUCUGAUAGCAGAUUUUUGUUUAGAAUGGUCUAAAACCCAAAUGUACUAAUUUUUAUGUCAAUAUGAUACAGGGUGAUGUCAACAAAUUUUCACAAUUUAAUGAAUCAAACCACAAAAAUGUUAUAUUUUAAGACAAGCUUACUACAAGUUUUGGUUAAGGAUGUUCUAAAACUAUGUUGUAUCAAGUUUUGUUGUCCUCAACGCCUCAAAAUAUGACAUUUUUCCGGUUUGAUCCAUCAAGUAUUGAAAAUUUGUUGUUAUCACCCUGUAUUAUAUUGAAACAAAAAUUGGUACAUUUGGGUUUCAGACCAUUCUAAACAAGAAUCUGCUAUCAGAUUUUUUCUAAAAAAAUCCCUAAUAGUACUUAUUGAAAUUUGAGCCUAUAAAUGUGGACACGCUGUACACCAGUACAGCCGAAGAAAUAAAAUUAUUAGCCUAAUGAGUGCCAAAUUCGAGUAUCUAUAAGACAAAAAAAAAAAAAAAUGAAUUGAAUCGGUUGAAAAAUAAAAAUUUUAGAAGGGUGGUCAGUCCUUAAGCGGGACACACUGUAGAAAAAAACUAUCCUGGCCCCGCGGCCGCUGCACAAGCGGUCGCCAUGCAUAUUCGUAUUGCAGUUCCAGAGGGCAGGGAUAAUUACCAAUAAUAACCUAUUCAAUAAUACUUGAUUGGGGGUUUAUUUCAAAGUUCAUUUGGUAAAUUUUAAUUGUGGAAAAGGAGAAAUAUGUAAAAUAAAGUUUUAAAUUUUGAUUGAGGCAUUUGACAAAGACAGUGGUUUAAAUAGAUUCGAUUCAAAAUACCAUUCAUGUUGUUAUUUAUGUCCAGUGUUCACAUCUUUGUUCCUGAUGCAGCUCCUACUACUUAAUUUUUAGAUUGGGUAAUGAUAACAAAAAAUAACAUCGAAUGUUCUGAUGUUAACUUAGUAUUAGAGGAGACUGAAAACUUGAGACGGUAUUCAAGGGAAAAAUGUUUGGAUAUGGUAGAGCUAUCGUAUGCUAAUAUCUGUAGUUUGUUUAAAAAUAUUGAGCCUUUAAGAAAACAAUUCAACGAAACUUUCAAAAAUAACCCCACUGCUCUUUUCUGGCUGCAGUACAUAAAUAUGAUAUUAUGUAUACUACAGUGGUAUACAGGGUGGAAUUUUAAAUGGAAUAAAUUCAGUAUCAGAAAGCCUGUUUAUUUUCUGGAAAAAUAAAAAAAACGGGUCCCUUUAUUUUUAGUUUGGCACAUUUUUUCGGCCUUCUCAUGGAAUUUACCCCCCUCUUAAGGGUAGAAACCACCCCCAACUUUUUUUUUGCAAAUGUAAAAAUAUGUAUUGUGAUAGCUCGUUGGAAUGGGCAUAAAAAAAGAAAUAUGACCCAUUAUUUACUUUUGCAUUUCGGUGAUCUAGAAAGCGAGAAAAUAAUAAAGAUACAUUUUUCCACACAAUUUUUUUACAGUUAAAAUUGUUGAAUAUCUUCAGUAUUUCUUCUUGGUAGAACCCUAAUGCGAAACAAGCCCCAUUUGUAAUGUCCCCAUAUUUUAUUCAAGGAAUUGCAUUAAAACUAAAACAUUAAAUAAAACAAAACUUUGGCUAUAUAUUCUAAAUUCAUUGAAGAAUGAGGGAAAGUUAUUUUAAAAAUUUUGAAAAAAAAUUUUUUUCGAAAUUUUUUCGCACAUUUUUUUUUUCGCGUUCAAAUAGACUUUCCCUCAUUCUUCAUUAUUUUUUAAAUAAUUUAUCUAACAACAAGUUUUUGAUGAAAAUCCUAAUUACUUCUAAAACCUUCGAAAUCUAAAAUUGUUGGAUUUCGGAAAAAAAAAAUACAUUUUAUACAACUUAAAAUAUUAUUUGGCAUCACUGCAACCCUUAGGUUGGCGCUGGCGCCUUGUUGGCGCGGUGGCGCGGCACGCGGUGGUAUUCAUUCAGGAAGCGAUCUAUUUUUAUUUAGAAUCUGUGAGUGCCUUUGUACGGGAUAUUAGAGAGUUAUUGGAACUAUUAAAUACUGCCUCGCAGUAUUAAGGAUCUACGUUAUUUUAUUAGUGCAUCAGCACUAUUUUUCCAAGAAAAUAACAGUUAUUGGAAGACUGUAGUAGGUGUUAAGUAAAAACUUAUUUUGUAUUCAUAUUUUCGACAGCUGAUAGCUACUUUUAUGAAUUUCAACCUCAAAAAGUGUUUAUUUUUGUUUGUGAAUUUCUGCUGAUACCCAGUUUUUGAUGUUGCCUACAGUAAAAUGAAAAACUAUUGUAAAAAACAAAUUCUCUAAGUAAAAUUACGUCAUCGUCAAAAAGCGAAACGUUAAAGUCGUCAAAAAUGUUAGAAAUAUUUGAAAUAAUGGAAGUUUACUACCUCGCACUAACCGUACACAAAUAAAGACAAGCAGUUACCUUAUUAAGGGCAUCCUUAUUUUCAGAUCCAAAUGCGCAUGUAAUUAAAUACUGAUUGUCCUUAUUACACGUCCAAUAACUCUCUAUUAAAUUUAUUUUCUUCAUAAUUCGAUAUUCGGUAUCAUUGGUCAGUAUAGCAGCAUGGGACGGACUAGCAAAAAUUAAAAGUUGUGGCAGAAAACGAUUACCUAUGUACAGAAUGCUGUAAUUUGGAGUGUUUUGACAGGAAAAACAUACUUCGGCCAGAUGGAGAAAAGUUAACUUAGAUGCCAUGGAAUCGAUUUCCGAGAAACGUCGAUUGUCAAAAACCGUAACGCGAUAUCUUCAAUGGACAAUGGUACCAUUGAUACAGGGCCAUUUUCGAUUUUCCCCUAUUCUGAAAAAUAGCCAUAAGUUUUUUAUUUGUCAAUUUUUUUUUAUUUCUGUGAAAACAUCUCUUAGAUACUAUUUUCAGCACAAUCCAGUGGCGUACGCAGUUUUUUUCUAUUUCGCUCUCAUUUUGAUAUAUUGACUACAACCCGAUUUUUUUUAAUAGGAUACAAUGUGUUAGAAAGAGACCAUCAUCAUUUUCCUCACAGAUAUAAAGUCCUUUUCUAACACAUUGUUCCUUAUGAGUAAAACAGAUUUAAUUUUUUUUUCUUCUCGAAAAAUGUUAGAGAUAAACCUAUCAUCCCUAUCGAACUUUAUAUCAUUGAAAUCAGCAAAAGCAGAGCUAUCCAAUGAGCUAUUAAUGUCUAUACAAGGUGUCUUAUUAAAAAAAAUCGGUCAAUAUCUCGAAAUCGGAGCGAAAUAGGAAAAAACUAAGUACGCCACUGGAUUGUGCUCAAAAAAGUAUCCACAAAAUCAUUUUACAGAAAUAAAAAAAAUUGAUAAAUGAAAAAUGUAUAGCUAUUUUUCAGAAUUGAGAAAAAUCGAAGAUCGCCCUGUAUGAAAGCAGAUCGGAUCAGCGGUUUCCGAGUCCAUGAACUAACGAACAAACAAACAUUGAUUUUUAAAUUAUAUUAGAUAAGAUAAUCAGGCCUAUUAUGUAUCAUUUUCUGUUAUUUUAACAGCAACGUUAAGUUAUCUGUCACUGUUUAUUCUAUACAUCAAAAUAGAGACAGGUAUGCUGUUGAGCUAUAACACAGCUGUUAAAAUAACAGGAGAGGAUACAUCAUAGGCCUGAAUAUGUUGCUCUUUAUAUUCCAGGUGUUAUUUUCAAGUCAAUCAAAAUUUUAUUGUUUUCCAAAUAAAUAAAUUAAAUUAUAUUUUUGACGUUUAGGUAUUUAGUUUUCUUCAAUGUUUCUAACUAUUAUUUUUUAAUACUUUACUUGUGAAUGUGAAGUAAAAACUCUAACGAAUAAUAAACAGAUAUAACAAAAAAUAAUUAGAUAUUUAUUUGAAAAUAUUUGUAAUUGCUAGUCCUGAUCUGAGCGAUGUCCUCGUCUAAUAGGUAAAAAAUAUCAAGUAAACCUUCUUCAUCUUUUGAUAAUGCAUAUAAAAAUACACACUGUUGUCAACGCUUACGGAAUAGGCGAUCGCGUGUGUGUUCUCGCCGGAACCCCGAAUUGCAGCGAAUCAGCUGAUGAUCGAUCCUCUUAACACACUAUUUGAUGCCUGAUACUCGGAUUCUCAACCCUAAAAUAGUGUGUUAGUGUCAAAAAUAAUUACAUAACUAGAUCACCGAAAUGAAAAAGUAAAUAAUGGGUCAUAUUCCUUUUUUUAUGCCCAUUCCAACGAGCUAUCCCAAAACAUAUCUUUACAUUAAAAAAAAAAGUUGGGGGUGGUUUCUACCCUUAGGUGAGGGGUAAAUUCCACGAGAAGGCCGAAAAAAUGUGCCAAACUAAACUAACUUAAAUGGACCCGUUUUUUUUUCUUUUUUUUUCCAGAAAAUAAACAGGCUUUCUGAUACUGAAUUUAUUCCAUUUAAAAAUUCCACCCUGUAUAAUUGCAGAACCUAGCGGAGAUUGGAACCAGCAUUUACUAUCUGUAGAGAAAAUGCUCCUUUUUAUGGUGUUUGCUGGACACUACAAAUAUGGUGUCAUAUAUACCUCAUUAUUUACGUGAUAUGAAAAGUCUAUGUAUGUUUGUUCUAAGCCCAUAUCAGUCCAAACGCCGUUAAGCACCCCAUUUUUUCAAUUGAAUGUUAAAUUUUCCUUUUAGAAAUGCUUCGUGUACUUCUUGAGCAGAAAUUUUUAGAAUUUUCAUAUCACGUAAAUAAAUAAUUAAAUAUAUAUGACACAUAUUUGUAGUAUCCAGCAGACACCAUAAAAGAGAGCGUUUUCUCUACAGAUAGUAAAUGCUGGUUCCAAUCUCCGCUACGUUCUGAUUAGCAUACGAUAGCUCUACCAUAUCCAAUGUUAUUUGUUGUUGUCAUUACUUAAUCUAAAAAUUAAUUAGAGUAGGAGCUGAAUCAGGAACAAAGAUGAGCAUGAUAAAAAACAUGCACUGGAAAUAAAUAACAACAUGAAUUAUAUUUUCAAUCAAAUCUAUUUAAACAUUUUAAACCACUGCCAUUGCUAAUUGCCUUCAUCAAAACUUAAAACUUUAUUUUACAUAUUUCUCCUUCUCCAAAAUUUAAAUUUACUGAAUGAACUUUGAAAUAAACCCCCGAUUAAGUAUUAUUGAAUAGGUUAUUAUUGGUUAUUAUCCCUGCCCUCUGAAACUGCAAUACGAAUACGCAUGGCGACCGCUUGUGCAGCGACCGCGGAGCCGGGAUAGUUUUUUUCUAUAUUGGGGAUACGUUUGUUUGAAAACUAAGUAAGUUAUCAAAAAAAUCACAAGAAUAAAAAAACUUUUUUGGUUCUUUGGCUACAACUUUGUCGCUUACUAUACAGGGUGUCCACUUAGUGCGAUAUCGGACGAUAUUUCCUUACAGGGUGAUGCAAGAAUUUUUUUUUAAAUUACAAAGUUGUUUGAUACUCUAAUAUGCAUAAGUGAAAAAUAUUUUUGAAUAUACAGGGUGCUCCGUUUAUGGGGUAUGCGACAGAAAUUCGUUAUUUUAAAUGGAACACCCUGUAUGUGAUUGCAUAUUUGGAUUUUACGUAAAAUUCUUAGCAGAUUUCAUGUGAUAUACCCUAUACCUAAGUUCAACUGUGGAAAUAUUGACAAUUGAAAAUUGACUUUUUGCAACUUUGACAGGCUGUAAAACCUACACGGUUAAUUUUAGACGAAAACCGAUUUUACAUUCCUAUCUUGGAUUUUUAUGAACUAUCAUUUGACACCAACUUUGAAUUUAAUCCAUGAUUAAAAAUUCCAGUGAAAUUUAAUCUCCGGUUAAAUUCAAAGUUGGUGUCAAAUGAUAGUUUAUGAAAAUCUAAGAUAGGAAUGUAAAAUCGGUUUUCGUCUAAAAUUAACCGUUUAGGUUUUACAGCCUGUCAAAGUUGCAAAAAGUCAAUUUUCAACUGUAAAUAUUUUCAAAACAGCUGCACUUAGGUAUAGGGUAUAUAACAUGAAAUCUGCUCAGAAUUUUACGUAGAAUCCAAAUAUGAAAUCACAUACAGGGUGUUCCAUUUUAAAUAACAAAGUUUUAUCGCAUACCCCAUAAACAGAGCACCCUGUAUAUUCAAAAAUAUUUUUAACUAAUGCAUAUUAGAAUAUCAAACAACUUUGUAAUUUAAAUCUUUUUUCUUGCAUCACCCUGUAAGAAGAUAUUGUCCGAUAUCGCACUAAGUGGACACCCAGUAUACAUCGAUCUUCAAAAACAAAAAAGUUUUCUCGAUCGAGUAUUUCUGGCUACAAUUUUAACGAUUUUCGUGUCAUUAACUUAAAAAAUAUAUAAUAUGGUGACUCAUAAUUUUUUUUCUGCAUUUCUAUUGUCAGUCAUGAUAACAAAGGUCUAAAUUGGCUCUCCAAAAAAUUUCAAUUUAAUCGGACUAAAACUAAGGGAGAUACAGCGUGUUGAAUAAAAAUUUAGAAAAAUCCAUAAAAUAGGUUAUUUUUUGGAAAAUGCCAGUUUUGACCAGUUUCGCAAUUCCAGAUGGACUGGCGAACUCCAAAAUCGGAUCCGCCAGGUCAAAUUACAUAAAAAAACAUUUUUUUUAGGUGGUUGUUCAUGAUGUCCUAUAGAGGGUCCUAAAAACGCAUCGUAGAGGUGCCUCGUUCUCUGACUAUAUGGUUUUCUAGUUAAUGUAGAGCUUAAACACGCGAGCGGUCGAUUAAAUAGAUUUUGAUGCGCUUCUUACAUCGAAAUAAUUAUUCAAGUGGGACAAAAAGGCUAAAAUAUUGGGAAUACACAGUAAAAAUUUCUAUCUACUCUAGUCUGCUGUGAUACACAUAUUUUAGUAUAUGAUACAUACUAUGUUCUGUAUUUUAUGCCUGUUUGUCAAAACCUGUUUCUGUGAAUCAGAAAUUUGAUUUUUAGUGCUGCUUUUAUGUGGUAAAAUGAUGUUUUUCUCCGAAUGACAGUAAAAGCGGCCUUUUAAUGACACUUGACAGGAUCAAAAGUUGUAUUUUUACUGCCUAGGCAGUAAAAGUGGACUUUUACUGCCUAGGCAUUAAAAGUGACAGUGUCACAACGUUCCAGGUAAUAAUUUCACUCAAUUUGGUAUUUGAAAUUGAAGGUGACAAUGACAAUUGUCAAAAUAAUUUAAUUAUUUGGAUAAUAAUAAUGAAUGAAAUAAAUAUAAAAAAGAUGUCCAUGUGUGAAUUCGAACAUUCGGGGAAAAAUUAUAUGUUUUACAUGGCAGAAAAGCAGAUUUAAUGCCUCGGCUGGUUUCCUAGCCUCAGCUAUGCCUCGGCUAUGAAACACCAGCCGCGGCAUUGAAUCUUGUACUUUUCUGCCUAGUAAAACAAAUAACUAUUAUGCCUUCUAUGAUUAUUUAAAAUAUUUGUUGUUUCAACAUACAGGUAUUCUAAUCUAACACAUGGUGGAGAUGCUGAUUAUUGCUUAAUUAAUAUUGUUAAAUCAUUGGUAUGACUAGCGAAGUGUUCAUCAGACAGGGAUUUUUUUCAAUGCAGCAGACUCUCCUUUAUGUCAAUUAAUGAAAACUUGAUGCCAAACAAACAAUUAUGGUUCAUUAAAAUAACAUAUGAUGGGUUCAACACGUUCAGUAGGUACCCUUUGACGUUAUGGCAAAUAAAACCAAAAACGCCUAGCUCCAAGAAGUACUCUGCUGUUUGGUGUUUGAUGUAGGGAAAUUUACAGGACACAGAAAAGUUACUUCAAAUUAAAUAGAAAAAAAUUGCAAAACAUCCAAACUUCUCUGCAAAUCACCUGCCUGCAUUUGCUCAAUAGCAAAGGGGGUUGGAUAUUAAAAAUAUUUCUUGAACUGCGGAAAUAAUUUCUAGUUUUUUUUGUCUGUCUUUUCAUUCCUGAUAGGUCAUCGUCGUUAUCAUCUCGAUUUCCUGAAUCAGAUUCAUUCGCUUUGAGAAUAUCGUGUCUAUCAACAGCUUCAGUAUCUAUUUCACUUGCUGUGUCUAGUCUGAAAGAUAUUUUGUAUUAUUUUUAAGCUGAAAGGGACUACAAAGUCGAAUUAAGCAGAAAAUGAACUUCAGACGUUUAAGCUUCAGACCAAGUCAAAUUUUGCAGCAAAAGGGGUUUUCAUAUGAUACUGACUUGGUAUUUUUAAACUGUAUACCUACAUAGGGGUUGUCAUUUCUUAUACAAACAAUUACCUACUUCAGAAUGGGUCAUCCGAAAUAAAUAAAAUUCUAGUAGUACAAGAACUACUAGGAAAUUCGGAAGCUGACAUCACAUGGCCAAACCUAAAAAUGAAGUUGGAGUAGUAGUAGUGGCAUUUAAACUUAAAUUCAGAUUUCUUCAUUUGUUUAAAUUAUGGACUGUAUGUGACGUCUUGGGACACCUAGUAUAAACAAUGUUUCGAUAUAGGUAUCCUACAGAUGAACAUCAUGUGUCCACAAUCAAGUCUCUGACCUCCUAAAAUAUGAGACUACAUGUUCUGGAAAUAUAUUUCAAGCGUUUAAAUAUAUUUUUGCUUUUUGCUUCUUGCCAAUUAUUAUUUUCCCUUUUUUUCCUGAAAUGUCAUUGUAAAAUUCUAAAUUUGAUCUGAUUCUUUGGUCAGGAUCAAUUUUUUUUCCAAGUUCGGGCAAAUGUUUUUCAUUCAAUUAGUGAAUAGCUUGUGAUCUCAUACCCUUUUGUCGUCAUGCGUCAAAAGAACUCUAUGUACUAAAGAGAGUAACUUGGGCAGCUAUUAUAAAAUGAAGUUGAAAUACAUUUUAUGUCUUUUCUCAGUGUGGCAGCUACAUUUAAAAACUACACCUUUACAUAGGUGGGUAUAAUUUAUAAGAUAUGAAUGAAACGCCCCAGAAUUCGGGGUACUACCAAUUAACAUACACUUUUCAUGACAGAAACUGCAAAGUUUUUUUGCACGGUUUCUUCGUUGCCAACUUGAACUUGAAGCAUGUAUCAAUUUCGAUUGCUUAGAUUUUUUUUGCACUCCUUAUAAUUAUUCAUAUCAAGUAUAUAAAUUAUACCAAUCAUAGAAAAACGCCUUUCAGAAUAUCUUCACCGAUUUUUACAAAAGGACUCAAGGGAGACUGUUUGUCCAAAGCUAAAGCACUUCUAUUUGUACAGAUCUUUCUAAUAGAUGCUUUCUUAAAGAAAAAAGUUGAGCCAUAUAAGUUGAUAGACACCAAACAAAAUCAUGAAACGUCGCAUAUGAUUUAAUUUAAGUUCACCAUGAACUAUUGUAGAGGAGGAAAAGUAUCAACAAUAAAGUGACAUGUAUUUUAAAACUUCAAAUAGACCCAGAAAAAAAAUCAAAACUUCUUUUAUGGACAAUUUUAAUGAUCUACUUGUUUCCUCAUAAAAUAAUUUUCAAAUAGCGAGUUAUCAUUAUCCUGAGUUUCAAAUUGGCAAAGCCUUCAUUAAAUACACAACUGCGUGCCUCUUUGUUGCCACUAGUAGACACAGAUAGAAAGCCGAAAGCCUCUGCAAAUACAUUUUCUAUUAGAAUCUGAAUUAGGAAGAGAGGAAACUAUACUGAGGCAAUGGAUAGAAGUAUCUGACACUGAGGAGGGCAUCAAAGUAGCUCAACAACCUUUGCACAAAAAGCCAUUGCUUGUGGCACAAAUAUGCGAAGAGUGGUUAAAUCACUACAGAUGAAUUGUUCAAAUGUCUUCAGCCCCAGCAACAGCGCCAAAUUUAAGUCCAGUCCCAUGUCAGGAUUAUUUAGGCGAAGAAGAUACAGAUUGUGAAUAAUGCUUUAGGUACUUUCCUAGUUAAUGUAGAGCUUAAACACGCGAGCGGUCGAUUAUAUAGAUUUUGAUGCGCUCCUGACAUCGAGAUAAUUAUUCAAAUGGGACAAAAAGGCUAAAAUAUUGGAAAUACACAGUAAAAAUUUCUAUCUACUCUAGUCUCCUGUGAUAAACAUAUUUUAGUAUAUGAUACAUACUAUGUUCUGUAUUUUAUGCCUGUUUGUCAAAACCUUUUUCUUAGUAGGUACACUACUACAUUGCAGUGAAUCAGAAAUUUGAUUUUUAGGAUAAUUUUAAUGAUCUACUUGUAUCUUCAUAAAAUAAUUUUCAAAAUAGCGAGUUAUCAUUAUCAUGAGUUUCAAAUAGGCAAAUUUUUCUCAAACUAGCCUGCUACUUUUCUCUUCACAAUUUCCAAAAUCUAAUAGGUACCUACAUACCUAUAUUAAAAUGCUGGAAUUUUUAUGAGCGGAAUUAUUUCGCUUAUUUCGGCCUUCCGUAUAGAUAGAUGCAAGGAAUAUGCAUGUAAUGUAAUGUGACUGAGAUCCAAAAUCAACUUGAGUUUGAGUCAUCAACAUAUUUUUCAAUUGUGUUGGCCAUAAAAUAUUUUGCUUCCACACAGGAAAUCUGCAGUCAUGUAAGGGGAGUCUGUAGUCAAGCAAGUGAUAGGACCUUUAUUAAACAUUGAAAAAAGGACAUUGUAAAAUUUUAAAUUAUCUUCAAGAAUUAUAAUUGGAGCACUCAAUAUAUUAUUUUGUUGGUAUGUUUUUGUUAUUUUGUUGCUGUAAAUAUUCACAUAUUUUAGUGUUUUAUUUCGUUAUAGUUUAGUGAAUCUAUUUCAUUGGAAUAGUAACUAUUUGUUGUUUUCUUUAAAUAAUAUAUUUAUAGUUUUUCAUUAAAAAUAAUGAAAUAGCUGUUACUUAACGCAAACAUUAUUAUGAAUCUUUCAACACUUACAUUUGUUGCAAGAGAAGUUUAAUUAUAGAAAAAUAAAUUAAAAAUAAACCGAGUUUAAAU